UCCAUGCAGCCGGCGGAGACCAGGCUCAGUUGAUUCUGAUCCUUAGCCUGCCUGGGUAGUGACACACUCAGCCCCUUGGGAGUGGCAGAGUCAGAGGCAGGGAUGACACGCAGGAGAAAUGUCUCCAAAGUCCUCUGCAUUGGGCUGACUCUGGCCAUUGCUGUCAAUCUUCUCCUGGUAUUUUAUACCAAGGGGACUUUACAAAAGGUAAUUCCAAGUAGUCUCCAAAGGGAGCUUUAUUUGCCUAAGUUUGAAUGGAACAAGGCGGUGAUCAAGAGACUCUCUCCCCUGGAAGUGGACUUGCAGCACCUGAAAGAAAUUAUGAAAUUGACUAUGAGGCAGCAAGAAGAUGUGGACAACACAAUGGAGUGGAUGGAAAAUGGAGAGCAUCCUGUUGAAAAGGUAGUGGAAACCAAGGCGAAUGACACAAAGAAGGACAAACCCAGAAAAGCACUCUUCCCACACUCACAGCUUUUCCAGCAGUGGGGCGAGGGUCUUUCUGAGGCCCAGCAGAAAAGGGCCCAGGACCUCUUCCAGAAGUUCGGUUACAACGUUUACCUCAGUGACCAGUUGCCCCUCGAUCGUGCCAUCCCAGACACACGGGACUCCAGAUGUCUUCAGAAGAGAUAUUCUUCACAACUGCCCUCCCUCAGUGUCAUUCUCAUAUUCAUGAAUGAAGCUCUGUCCGUUAUACAGCGGGCCAUCACUAGCAUUAUCAACCGGACCCCCUCUCGAUUGUUGAAGGAGAUCAUCUUGGUGGAUGAUUUUAGCUCAAAUGAAGAACUAAAGGCACACUUGGAUGACGAGAUUAAGCUUUACAACCAGAAGUAUCCAGGACUACUGAAAAUAAUACGGCAUACCGAGAGAAAAGGUCUGGCUCAAGCACGCAACACUGGCAGGGAAGUGGCCACAGCUGAUGUGGUCGCCAUCUUGGAUGCUCAUGUUGAAGUGAACGUUGGAUGGGCAGAGCCUAUCUUGGCUCGGAUUCAGGAAGACCGCACUGUGAUUGUGUCUCCUGUGUUUGACAACAUUCGUUUUGACACUUUUGAACUGGAUAAGUAUGCACUGGCAGUUGAUGGGUUUAACUGGGAAUUAUGGUGCCGCUAUGAUCCACUGCCAAACGCCUGGAUCGAUCUGCAUGACGUCACCGCUCCAGUGAAGAGUCCUUCCAUCAUGGGCAUCCUGGCUGCCAACAGGCUCUUCUUGGGAGAGAUUGGAUCUCUGGAUGGUGGGAUGCUGGUCUAUGGAGGAGAGAAUGUGGAACUUAGCCUGCGGGUGUGGCAGUGUGGAGGGAGAAUCGAGGUCUUGCCCUGCUCCCGGAUUGCUCACCUAGAGAGACAACACAAGCCGUAUGCCUUGGAUCUGAGUCCUGUCUUGAAGCGCAAUGCUCUGAGAGUGGCCGAAAUCUGGAUGGAUGAGUACAAAGACAUGGUCUACCUCGCCUGGAACAUACCUCUCCAGAAGUCUGGAAUCGAUUAUGGAGACAUUUCUUCCAGAAUGGCCCUCCGGGAGAAACUGAAAUGUCAAACUUUUGACUGGUAUCUGAAAAAUGUUUACCCAGUCCUGAAGCCCAUCCACAGCAUUGUGGGCUACGGAAGAAUGAAAAACCCAUUGGAUGAAAAUGUGUGCUUGGAUCAGGGACCUACUUCAGGCAACACGCCCAUCAUGUUUUACUGUCAUGAAUACAGUACACAGAAUGUCUACUACCACCUAACUGGGGAAUUCUAUGUGGGACCACUGAUGGCACAAGUAGGUGUUGAUGACCGCUGCCUGACAGACCCCGGCUAUGGGGAGGAGCCUGUGUUAAACCCGUGUUCCAAGGCAGCUGAAAAUAGACUGCACAUAUACUGGGAUUUUAAGCCGGGAAGAGCUGUCAUAAACAGAGCCACUAAACGAUGUCUGGAGAUGAAGCAGGACACCUCAGGCGUCUACGGGCUUGUGCUGCGGACCUGCACCACACAAGUGUGGACAAUACAGUACACUGUCCGACACUGGGGGUCAGACUAACAUCUGCGAUCCUCAGAGAGCCUGGAUUUGGGACACCAGUUCUUGCCACAGGAAUGGGCUCUGUUCUCAAUGCUGCUUAAAGUGGGAGAAGGUGAGAGAAAGAAAAGAUGCCUGUGUGUGUUUGCUGUGACUUCAGCCUGCAACACACAGGAUGUGGGGAGGUGAGGUCUGUGCCUGGUCAGGUCGUCCCCUCUGGGGAGGGGUCAGAUGCCUCACCCCCAGCUUCCCUUGGAGGGUCAUGGUAUACGUCAAAUGCCGUUCUUGGAAAUUCCUUGAAAUAAACGCCAUCAUCUUGCUGUUACGUGGGGAGAGAACUAGAAGGAUGGAAGUUUAUCUUUAACUUCUACCAACGCUGUUUAGUCUCAUUCCUGACAACUACCGUUGCCAUCUGCCCCACACCUCCUCCCCCAGCUCAUCUGCUCAGAGACUCUUCAGACUGCCUGGGGCUGCUCCACAGAAGAGGCUGGGUCAUCAGCAGCCCGGCAGCAUGACAACCAUUAGGAGGCACCAAUUCUCUGGCAGCGUGUUGCUGCUUCUACUUCCUCUUUUCUGGACUGUCUUGAAAGAAGCAGCAAUAGACAAGUAAUUUUAAAAAAUCCCUCCCUUCCUCCCGCCACAGCAAUUUUAUUUGGAUUACCCAAUCUCUCCCGAAGAGAUUCCAGAGGCCGAGGGUGGGAGAGAACGCACCUCUGCUGAUCGCAGCUCUGCACAGAGCUUAGAGAGUGGGAGGAAAGUCCAGAUGCGGCGGAAUCUUUCUCUAAGUAGCUUAUAACAUUUAAUAGACUUGAUUACCUAUUUCCUUCUGCUAUCCCUGCAAAUUAUGGAGAAAAUGAGGCUUGAAACGGAAGGGCAUCACUUACUGGGACACAAAGAAGGGAUUCUAGGCAAAAACUUAAAACCGCAGCCCUACCUGCUGUCCACUGGACAAGUCCUUUCCCCUAGCUGGUGAGUUGGGAAGACAUGUCUAGGGCUGCCAGUUUUCACAAGGUCACGGAGGUUGGUGGGUGUGGGCACUACGGCGGGAGAGGAGGAGGGAUGGCCCUGUGUGUGUGUGGUGGGCUCACCUUUCAAGUAUGUGCUCACAGGGCCCCUUCUCCAGAUGGCUACUUUUUCCUCUUAAUCUCACAUCAGGGCUACUUGGGUUUAAUUCUGGGAAUCGUUGGGGUUCCUUCAGGCAUCAGGCAGGCAAGACACUGAUAACUUAUCACAGAAUUAAGUUGCCUAAGAAUUUUUGAAAUAAGCAUUUAGGAGUGUACAAGUCAUAAGUAUACAGCUUGAUAAAAUCUUCACAGUGACCACAUCCGUAUCAAGAACUAAAACGUUACCACAGAUAAGAGUUUAUGAUGAAAAAAUUAAGGAACAGGAUAAAUGUUAAGCAGAUGUAUAACUAACUUCUAGCUUCUGCCUGGCAAAUUGAAGGGAAAAUGCGAUUCAUAGCAAAGUUUUUUAAAAAGCGUAUACUCAAUGGAAAAAUGGGCAAAAGACACAAUAUCCUUCAACAUAUGAAAAGAUAUUUAACCUCACUCAUAGAGAAAUGCAAAUUAAAAUUGUACAAAGAUCAUUUUUCCCAUAAACUGCUGAGAAUUAAAAAGUAUGCCAGCACAUUCUGCUGGCAAAGUUGUGGGAAACAGGCACUCUUGCACGUUGAUGGUGGGGAUGCAAACAGGUUGAAUCCUUCUGGAGGGAUUUUUGGCAAUAUCUAAAAAUACUAUAUGUACACUUUCUAUUCGUGCCGGUAAUUUCACCUCUAGGAAUUUAUACUUCCCCAAAAUAAGAAAAUACUAUGUACAAAGUAAUUAUUUGCAAUAUUGAUUGUAAUUGUAAGAUAUUGGAAACAAAGAGUACCCUCAGACAUCAGAGAAUGCCUGAAUGCAUCCACACAGUGGAGUACUACGCAGCUAUAAAAAAGAAUGAGGAGCAUUUCUUUGAACUGAUAGGGAGUGAUUUCCAGUGUGGAAAAAGGAAAACAGCAUCUAUGGUAUGUAACUUUUAGGUAAGAAAUGAGGGGAAAAUAUAUAUGUAUCUAUUCAUUUCUGCAAAAUGGCACAUAAGGAUAAACCAGAAACUAAUGAGAUUGGUUACCAAUAGAUGUUAGUGGUGAGGACUAGGGUACAAAGGAUUGGGGAUAGGAACAGGAUAGAAGUGAUGCAGCGGGACAUCUCUGAAAAUAUACAUUUUUUUCUGUAAUUUAAGCUUUUGGAACCAUGUCAUAUUUCACAUGCUCAACACGUAAAUACAGAAAACCAUCAAGGAUAGAGGGAAACUCAAAAUAGAGUCCAAACAAAAGCAAGUGACCUAACUAUAUUUCUCUGUUUUAGAUGAAUACACACUCACUCUGAGCACACUCAGCAUCCAGCAUUCAGACCUUGGUUUGUAAAUAUUUUCCAUUAAAAAGAAUUAGGGAUGCUUGGAGAAAGAGCUGAUUUUAAGGCUGAGGGGCUGGCACAUUUUUCUAUGCUGGAAAAUAAAGAACUGCUCAAAGAAUUAUAGCAUGUCAAAAACUACAGCAGCCAGGUUCAAAGGGCUCCCACUGGCCAAUUCUAGGACAAUUUAAACAUUAAAAUAAAUAAUGAUUUCAUUAUAUGCAUUAUAAGUCAUAAAAUAAAAUAAGAAUCUGUGAGUCCAUACCAAUAAAUGAAUUGAUGGAUAGAUGAGUGAAUAGACAGGUAGAGAGAAGGGAAAGCUCUUUUUCAUAGUAGAAUGCCAACUGAAAAAUGCAGGAAGAAUUAUGGAAUUAGAAAGUUAUUCAGCAUAUUCAACAUAGUUAAAAUUGUUUCAGGCAGGAAUCAUCAAUGGAUGUUAAAACUAAUGGCUGAUGCGAAACAGCGUGUACUCAUAGCAUCACAAUAACUCCCAGAAGAUAUUUAUUAACUACAAAGGGAAAAUGUAGUUUCAUGGUGGAGAAAACUGGCAGAUAACAUCCUAACCAGUGAUCAACAUUAACAUCACCAGUUACUGGGCAAUUGGACAUCACGUGCCUCCUGAUAUGACACACUGAGAAGAAUACAUCGUUUCUACGGUGUUCCUGCCCCAAAUACAGAACCUGAGUCUAUAAUCUCGAGGAAACAUCAAUUAAACCCAAAUUGAGGGGCACUCUUCGAAAUAGAAUGGUCUGUAUGCUUCAAGAAUGUCAAAGUCAUAAAAGACAAAGGAGUGACUGAGGAACUACCCCAGACUAAAGGAGACUGGAGACACGACAGCUAAGUGCAGUGGGUGAGCCCGGUUUGGAAUCUAGCCCUGAGGGGAAGUUUUUUUCCUUUGGUUAUUAAGGACAGCAGGGGACAACUGUAGAAGUUUAAAUAAGGUUUGUUGAUUAGGCAAUAGGACUGUAUCAAUGUUAUUUUUCUGAUUUUGAUCAUUGUAGUCUGGAUAUAUAAGAAUAUGAGAAUGUCCUUGAUUUUACAAAAUACACACUGGGUGGAUUGGGGGAUGGGACAUUAUCUCUGAGAUUAGAUAGAUAGGUAAGCAGAUAGAAAGAUAGGUAGAUAGAUGGACAGACAUGGACAGACAGAGCAGUGGAUGGUUGGAUGGACAGAUGGGCGAACAGAGACAGACGGAUGGAGCAGACAGGUGGAUGGAGCAGGAAGUGGUAAAACAAAUGUGGUGAAGUGACUCUGGCUGAAGGGUGAAGGGUAUACAAGGAUUCUCUGUACUGUGUUUGCAACUUUUCUGGAAGUCUGAGACUGUAUUAAAAUAAAAAGAUUUAAAACAAGAUCAAACAAAAAA